AUGGGCAAGGACAAGGGACCUUCUUUCAACCUCAAGACCCCCAAGGGCACCAAGGACUGGUCUGGGUCCGACGCCCUCCUCCGAGACCGCAUCUUCACGACCAUCUCGAACGUCUUCAAGCGCCACGGCGGUACCGCCCUCGACACUCCGGUCUUUGAGCUGCGUGAGAUCCUGGCUGGCAAGUAUGGCGAGGACUCCAAGCUCAUCUACGACCUGCAGGACCAGGGCGGCGAGAUCUGCUCGCUGCGCUACGACCUGACAGUCCCAUUUGCGCGCUGGCUCGCCAUGAACAGCGACGUCCGCAGCAUCAAGCGGUACCACAUCGCCAAGGUCUACCGCCGUGACCAGCCCGCCGUCAGCAAGGGCCGCAUGCGCGAGUUCUACCAGUGUGACUUCGAUAUCGCCGGUACCUUCGACCCGAUGGUGCCCGACGCCGAGAUCCUGCGCAUUGUCAGCGAGGUCUUCGAGGAGCUGGGAUGGAGCGGCCGCUACACGAUCAAGCUCAACCACCGCAAGAUCCUGGAUGGCGUCUUUGCCGUUUGCGGUGUGCCGGAGGACAAGAUCCGGCCUAUCUCCAGUGCCGUCGACAAGUUGGACAAGAUGCCGUGGGCGGAUGUGCGCAAGGAGAUGGUUGAUGAUAAGGGUCUUGAUGGCGAGGUUGCGGACCGCAUUGAGAAAUACGUUAUGAACAAGGGCUCGCGCGAGUUGCUCGACACCCUGCUCAAGGACGAGACUCUCAACGCCAAUGUCACUGCCAAGGCCGGUCUGGAGGAUAUGGCCCUGAUGAUGGACUACCUGGAGGCAUUUGGCGUGCUGGACAAGGUCUCCUUCGACAUGUCUCUGGCCCGUGGUCUGGACUACUACACCGGUGUCAUCUACGAGGUUGUCACCGAGGGUUCUGCCGGUGUGCAGGCCGACGCCCCGGAGGCACAGAAGGCACAGAAGUCCAGCAAGAAGGACAAGUCCAAGAACUCCGAGGACGACGACCGCUCCAACGACCCCACUCUCGGUGUUGGCAGUGUCGCCGCCGGUGGCCGCUACGAUAACCUGGUUGGCAUGUUCCUUCCCAAGGCGCAGAUUCCUUGCGUUGGUAUCUCCUUCGGUGUCGACCGUAUCUUCUCUAUCACCAAGGCACGUCUCGAGCGCGAGCAGAGCAUCGAUGCUCUGCGCAGCAGCGAGGUUGAUGCCUACGUCAUGGCUUUCGGUGGCAAGGGCUUCAGCGGUAUGCUCAAGGAGCGUAUGGAGAUCUGCCAGAAGCUGUGGAGCGCUGGCGUCAAGGCCGAAUUCAACUACAAGCUGAAGCCCAAGCUUCCCCAGCAAUUCAAGGCCGCCGAGCAAGGCGCCAUCCCGUUCGCUGUCAUUCUCGGCGAGGAAGAGCUCGCCGCUGGCAAAUGCCGCAUCAAAGAAAUGGGUCUGCCCGAGGGACACCCCGAGAAGGAGGGUGUCGAGGUUACACUUGACUCGCUGGUCUCAGAGUUGAAAACCCGCCUUUCCAAGAAGUCUGAUGGAGCUGUUACCUCUCUAGCGCAGCAGCUGCAGGGAGCUUCCGUUUAA